AUGCCUCUCUGGAACAUUUAUCACACGGAGGGCGCCUUCGACUCCCAGGAGACCCGCAACAAGCUUGCCCAUGACAUCACCAAGAUCUACUCCAGCGGCGAAAACGGCCUCCCCGCUUUCUACGUCGUCGUUCAAUUCAUCCCGCUUCCUCCAGGCCAUGUCUUUGUUGGUGGUGAAGCCAGAGAUGAGAAGCCUUUUGUUCGACUAGUUGUUCAGCACAUGGCUGUUCAUAGUCAUGAGGGUGUCCACAUGGAGGACUUCCCCAAGCAGUUCAGCGAUUACAUAAAUGCUACGAUCAAGCCAUACAUCGCUGAUAAAGGUUAUGAUUGGGAAAUCACCGUCACUGAUACUCAGCGCGACUUUUGGAGGUUCAAUGGAAUCGCGCCGCCGCCAUGGAGAAGUGAAGCGGAGAGGGCUUGGGCUCGGAAUGGUCGCCCUUCGGAGUGGGAGGAGAAAUAA